AGAAAAACAGGUUACGCCAUAUUGUCUAUAGUUUAAGAGAGAGGUACAUUUCUAUGAAAAUGCCAAAAUAGAUCGUUCUGUCGACGCUAGACGCUACGAUGGCGCACUCCGGGGCAGUGGCAGACCCAAACACAGAGGACUCAUGUAUUCAGCAGUCGUCCAGUGUCGCUUUGCGAAGUCGGCCGUGCUCCAGCGAGAGGGACGGACAGGUGCGGGCCGUCAAAGCUGAACUUCAAGCUAGGUUAGGACCGUACGAGCCCGUUCUGACCUACCUACAGUCCGUCUUGUUGUUGGAGAGACCCUUUCAGUGUGUGCUUCUUUACACCGUGGUAAACGUUGUGUUUUGGUUCCUUGCCCUGACAUCAUUACGCCUACUGUUCCUAAUGGCUUCAGGCCUGGUUGUGAUUGUCUGUGUCGAUACCUGGAGAAAUAAGAUCUGGCCACAGAUCAGAGUCAGAAAACUGGAUGAAUCGGAAAAUGAAAGCUGGGGUCUGGUGCAGCCCGGAGUCCUCAGUGUGCCUGAAAUGUGUCACCACCUUGCUGAGGCCUGGGUGAGCGGAACAGCUUUAACACUCAGCGUGGUGCAGUACAAACGGCUAAAUCCAGGCAAGUUUUGCGCUCUGACCUGUGGAGUCUUUACCUGUCUGGCUGUGGUUGGACGUUACAUCCCUGGAUUGGUGCUUUCUUACUCGGCUGUGUUGGCUAUUCUCCUUGCCCCACUGGCAGCCUACCACAGGAUUUUGCAGCAUGUGUGCGUGAGGCUGGAGCCAGUCAUGCAGCGGCUGGAUUUCAGUGUUCGUGGAUAUAUGAUGAGCAAACCCAUUGAUAAUCAGUUCCUCCGUAAGCCUAUCCACGGUGUGGCCUCAAAUGAAGCCAGUGACAGUGAGGAGGAGUUGGCUGCUUUCUGCCCAACGUUUGACGAUGCUGUUGUUGCCAAGGAACUUGCAUUGACUGACUCUGAGCACUCUGAUGCUGAGGUGUCCUAUACUGACAAUGGAACUUUCAAUCUGUCCCGUGGUCAGACCCCACUCACAGAGGGUUCUGAAGACCUUGACAGACACAGUGACCCCGAGGAAUCCUUUGCUCAGGACCUCCCAGACUUUCCCUCUAUAAACCCUGAUGUCACCCUAAUGGAUGAUGACGAUGACACCAGCAUUGGGCUGCCUAGUUUGGGCCCAUCUGGGCUGCCUGGGCAUCGAGCUUCCGUGCUGGAUGUGGAUGCCCACCUGGACUCGGACCAGGAGGACCUGGACGCUGAGCUCUCCCUCAGCGGACUGCCACCAGCUUCUGACUUCACAAGUAACUUGGCUGGGGUCAUUACCAGCAAUAUGAUCCAAGCAGCACUGAUUGGGGCUAUGCAGCCUCGGCCCCCUGCUGCCCAGCGUAGAGAAGGCCCUCCCAGGGCUGGGGCUCACCGAAGCUACCGUAAGCAGUCCAGCUCUGAGCUGGACACAGACUUGGAUGGAGAGGACUUUGAAAUGCUGGAUCAGUCUGAACUGAACCAGAUGGAUCCCUUUGGUGGGCGGGGUGAAGGCCAGGGGUCCAACUUCCUCUCCAACCUGCUGGGGAAACCACAAUGAGGUGUACGUGUGUGUGUGUGUGUGUGUGUGUGUGUGUGUGUGUGUGUGUGUGUGUCUCCAUGACCGGUGUUUAUCAGCUCUGUCCAUGUGUGUGUGUGUGUGUGUGUGUGUGUGUGUGUGUGCGUGCACGUGCGCACGUGCAUGCAUGCCUCUUUAGGAGCAAUGUAAGUAUGUUUAUGAGCCGUGUGUGAUUUGUGUGUAUGAGAGAAUAUUUUAGGAUCUAGUCGCCAGGCUCCUGGUUAGCUUCAGUUGCUAUCAAUGUGAAGUACUUUGUUUUUGAUUUUUCUUGUAUUUUUUUCUCUAACUUUUCAACCUCUUCUUUUGUGUUUUUAAACAUAAACCAGCAUCAUCCAGGAACGUUUUGUUUUGUAGGCUGAGCAAUAGGAAAUGCAACUCAAUAAUUUAAUGGGGGAAAAAAAAGAACCUCAAAACUUUAACUGAACCAGCAUAAUUCAGACUCUCUCCGGUCUUGUGAUUCAUGCACCUGUAAGUAAUAAGGGUACCUGGUCAAUCAUCAGGGAUGACAUCCAACAGCCCCUGUUAUGAUUUAGUCUUUUCUGCCUUGAGGGCCACAAACACAGGGCUAUUUAUCAUGGGACCAAAUGUGACAUUCCUGUUAGCAUUGACAAGUUUUUUUCAGUCAAGUCAAUUUUAUUUGUAUAGCCCAAUAUCACAACUUACAAAUUUGCGUCAGUGGGCUUUACAGCAACACAACAUCCUGUCCUUAGACCCUCUCAUUGGAUAAGGAACAGCUCCCUAAAAAAAAACCUUUAACAGGGAGAAAAAAUAGGAAGAAACCCAGGGAGAGCAACAAAGGAGGGCUCUCUCUCCCAACGUGCUAUGGAUUUUGUGUUUACACAACACAACAUUGGAAGAGGAUAAACAGAAUUAUAAUGGAAUUAUAAAAUUUAAGAAUUAUAAUGGAAUUAUAAAAUUUAAGUUUGACAACUUGCACAACUUCCAACUGAAAAAGUUUGAGCAAUAUCUCUCUGGUGUUGACUUUUUAAACAGUGUUCAAGUGUAUUUAAUGAUUAGAACAGUGGCAAAGAAACCCACACUGAACAUUGCUAUUUCAUUUGUUUACAAAGCAAAAGAAUCAAUGAAAAACUCUUAACAUUUAUAGGCACUUUUUUCACAAUUUACAAUGAUCCCUUGGUGGGAAAUAGGUCAUUUUUAAGAAACCUCAGCUUCAUGUUUUUGCUGGUUUGUCAGGUUGUUGUUCAAGGCUGCUGUUCUUCGUCCUUUAAAAACGUGUGGCAGUAGUCUUUUUAAAGACUUUGUGGGGACAUUUGAUAUCACAUGUUCACAGAGAGGAAUUUGCAUCGUUGCAUAACAUUUCUCUGCGGUAAUGGAUUUGGAAAGCAUUGACUGUUGUCAGAGAUUAAGCAUAAUACACCGUUAUGAUAAAGGCUUGAGUUACAGAUCCAAGAUCAAAUUCAUUUUUGACUUUUUUUUUUCCUCCCACAAUUUUAUGAAGGCAUCAUCACACAUUUUACUAAUCCUUUUAAACGUACAUCAGCGUUUGAUAGACAGAAAGCCUUAAUGUACCGGGGACACGUUAUGAUGCUGUUUUAAUUUCUUAUGCUGUCGUGUGUUCAUGUGUCUGUUCCUCAUGGGCGGGUACGCUUGCUUUUUUUCUGUCAACCUAUGGAGGAGUUGAAUAUGUUUAUUUUGUUGUAUGCUCAGUUAACAUAUGUCCAUGGUUUAUAUUUCGGCUGAGCUUUCACAGGUGCUGUCUUUGGUCUGUUUUUUUUUUUUUUUUCAAAAUCAAAAUUUUAAGACAAUUCAUGUCAUCUCCGUUCCCAUUUUGUCAUUCAAUAAUGCUGAUCCUUUUAAGGGGAAAAAAUAAAUAUUACUCUAUAAACCUUUUACUGUUAGUUGGAAACAUGUUUACAUUGAAAUCUAGUAUUCAGACUUAACCCUGGUAGCAUUUUUAUAAGUGUAAGUAUGUAAAGGAUAAGUUUGCUUGUUCUCUUAAAUAUACAUAUAAAAGAACUCAAGGGUGCAGUAAACAUUGUUUUUGUGCUGGUUAGCCUGAUUUCCCGGAAGAAAAAAAAUUCAUUUUUUUCAUGUUUUCCUGUUAAAAAGAAUACAAAAUAGGAAAAUAAUGUACUUGGUCAUUCAAGUUUAAAUGAGCCGCAGCUGGGAGUCACUGCAAUAGUUUCAAACAAUCAGAAGAUUGUAUAGAAAGAAAAAAAUUGCUCAAUUACAUUGUGUUAUUUUGUGAAGAAAAUCGCAGCUGUCAGAGAUUUAUUACAAUAGGUAGAACUGCUGGAUCCACAUUUGUGAAGAAGAAGAAAAAAAAUAUUGAAUGGUUCAGAUUUUGAAGAGGUCUAAUUUGACUUAUUUUGACUACUUGGGUUUGAGCAGGAAUGGUCUUCAUAGUCGCUCCAUCGAGACUCGGUCCCUUACGGUGAGGGGUCUGUAGCUGGUCAACUAGUGUAAUGUGCACAGUAGUGUAUUUUUCCUCCAUGUAACUGGUUUUGAUAUGUUUUGAUGUGUAAAUCUUAUUAAAUAAAAUGUUUGC